GCUUAGAGGGGAGCUCUACGCUUCACUGGCCAUGCAAAGCAGGGAGAGUGACGGAGGCGGAGGCACUGCUGGCUGCUGGAACGGACAUUAACAAGCUGGACAGAACGCAGUUUAACCCUUUCAUGGACGCGAUCAACUCAGGACAGGUCGACUGUGCUAGAUGGCUGCUGAGGCAAGACGGUUUAAAGCUUCAGCCCGAGAUAUGGUCGUUUUGUAGGGAGAGGGUGCUAGAGUCAUUGCUAACAGCUUAACAGAAGGUAAAAUCCUGAACUUUUGUUCAUUGAUUAAAAAUCACCAUUCAGACAUACAAUCGUUCAGAUGUAAAAAUUAUUUAUUCACUAUUUUGGAUUACAUUUAGUUACAGGACUAACAUGCGACAUCCGUCGUUGACCUUUGUCUUUAUUUCAGCAAGGUACGGAGAGCGAUCCAUGGCUGUCCCGAUAGACCCACUCAGACUCCUGCCGGAAGAUACUCCUCCGGUUGAUCCAGAUGAGACAGUUCUAGCAGAUGAUCAGUUACAGACUGAAGAACAUAUCCCACAGAUCAAUGCGUCAACAUCUGCAAAUGAAGCUGAUAUCAGAAUCGACAUGAUGAUGGUACUACACGAGAUGCUCAUGGAAAAGGUCUCCGUUUGCUUUCCUCCUCCCACGAGCAGUACAAAGUGUGGGUUCAACUUUAAUCUGAUAGAAGAUAUCGUAUGCGGAACCCAAGCCCGGCCAUGUCUGUACAUAAUAACGAAAGAAACCGGUUAUGCUGCGAGGGCGUUUACCUCGAUAGAUGUUGAAAAUGCCCACAGCAUUAUAAAUCAUUUGGACCGCCGAGGGGUCCAAAACUCCUCAAUCGAAGAGCUUAGUAGACAUGCCAGCAACCUACAGAGACUUCAAAUUCUCAGGAAACCUCUCUAGGACGGAAGCUUUAUACUCCGACAUCCACAAUUUACCACGCCCCUGAGAUCGACAAAGGUCUUUCUGAUAGAUUGACUUCCAGCCAAUUCGAUCUAUCGAAGCCGAGUGGGAAGAACAAAGAACUGAAACCCCAUGGUCGCAACGAUGCUCCUCGCGGACAAGGGAGAGUUAGGGCCAUCGGUGGUCACAAGACUGGAUAAUAUUUAUUUUUUAAGCGUUGAGGUUGUCACGAAAGCGUACUGUAACGGGACUAUCAGAUUUGAGUGAUUUGAUUUUGUGAUUUGCAGUUCACGUGAUUUUAUUGUGAUUUUAGACUGUAAAAACUAUAAAGGUUCAAGUUGAACUAUCGUCGCCAUGAUUAUGUAUUUUGGAACUGUUCACGUUGAAAUUGCUUCGUUAA